AUUUUAUCUAUAAAAAAUGUUUUCUUCAGACUUGAAGGAAAGGUGGCUCUAAUAACUGGAGGAGCUAGUGGUAUCGGUGAAUACACGGCAAAGCUCUUCGCCGAACACGGGGCGAAAAUCGUCAUUGCAGACAUCCAAGACGAUUUGGGACAAUCAUUGCGUCAGAAAAUAGGCGCAAAAGAUUGCACCUAUGUUCAUUGCAACGUGACGAACGAGGACCAUAUUAAAACCGCAGUGGACAAGACAGUUGAGACCUUUGGAAAACUCGACAUAAUGUUCAACAACGCUGGCAUAAUCGAUCCACUCAAACAAGGGAUCAUUGAAAACGAGAAGUCAUAUUUUGAGAAAGUUCUAGCCGUCAACGUGACGGGUGUUUUCCUAGGCAUGAAACAUGCAGCUCGAGUCAUGGUCCCGGCUAAGUCAGGCUCCAUCAUUUCAAGUGCAAGUAUAGCCUCGAUAUUAGGUGGAACAGGUACUCAUGCCUAUUGUUGUUCGAAACAUGCGGUAUUGGGGCUAACUAGGAAUUUGGCUGUCGAGUUAGGUCAGUUUGGAAUAAGGGUCAACUGCAUUUCGCCCUACACUGCCGCAACGCCCAUGGCUAGGGAUUUCCUUGAAUUGGAUAGUGAAGGGCUUGAAUUAAUAUUUAAUGCCAAAGCUAAUCUAAAAGGAGUGACAUUGAAAGAAGAUGAUAUUGCUAAGGCUGCCCUUUAUUUGGCUAGUGAUGAUGCUAAGUAUGUGAGUGGGCUCAAUUUGGUUGUUGACGGGGGUCUAACCACCAAUCCUAAUGUUAUCGGGCUUUUAUCCCUCAGCAAACCAACCACAAAUCCAAAUCACACUUUCACACAUCUCUUUUUCCUCGGCAACCCAACCACAAAUCUCAAUCACACUUUCACACGUCUCAUAUCCAUUUGUAAACCAACCACCAAUCUCAAUUGA